CACAGAGAGCUCCUGUGUUAAGAUACACCAGGAUCAAGAGACAAUUCCAGCAUGAGAACUGUGCAUUUAGUUGUUUUAAUUGCUUUGGGCACCCUUGCCUGGGCAAAAAACAAAGGGACUAAUACAGAGGAAUUAGAGAAUAUUGCCCAAGAAGGAGAUCAUUUGAAAAGGUCUGCUGAGUUCAGUGAUGGGAGAAAAAGAGAUAUGAGAAUGAAAGCAGCUCCCAAACCAGGCCUAGCAAGCUUAGAUACAGGUCUUCGUUCUAUGAGUGAGAGUUCUCUUGAAAGAAGCCUUAAAUCUGCAGCUGUAAAAUUCGAACUUGAAGAAAAGAGUGGAGGAGGAGGAGGACCAGCAAGACCACCAGGGGGAGGAGCAGCAGGGCCAAGAGCAGGGGGAGCAGGAGGAGCACCAAGAGUAGCAGGAUCAAGUGGAAGAGGAGGACCAGGACCAUUGGGACUACCAGGAUCAGGAGGAACAGCAAGGGGAGGAACAACAGGAUCACGAAUGUAUCAUCCCCCAUAUUUCAGUACAAGAUGGCGUUGUUAUCACUGUGUCAGAGGGUGGUACAGUUGUGAAUGGAGAUGCUUAUUCUGUUACGACACAUACGCUUGGGGAUGGUCAUGGCUGCGAUGGACAUGUAACCACUGCCACAUGGAUGGUGUUGCCAGGUGGGGAUGGUAUAUGAGGCAAUAUACAUGUUGGGGCAAUUGCUAUUAGGACCAAGAACACGGAACUUCAGACUAUGAGAUUAUGGAUGAUGAAUCUAAUACCACGAAACCAACACAAAUUCAAUGUUGAAUCAUAUUGUUCAUUAUGCAAUAAUAAUAGAACUAAAACAAAGGAAUAAAAAAUCAAAAUAAUUCU